AUGCAACCUCUAAGUCUCUCUCCACUUUGUCGCUCUCUUUCCAUCAUCCCUCUCCAUCGUCUCUUGACGGUCGGACCUACUUCGUCUCCGACGCCGGUGAAAUUACAGCAGUGGAAACACUCCGGCGUAGCUUCUAAACCUCCGAUUAUUCCCCAAAUUUCCAAUUCGUUCGAGUUGCAUUGGUCGCAGAGGGGCUGUUUCUUCUCCUACACCGGACGAAUUGCAGCAGCCGGAGCACUCUGGUUAGAUUUUGUACGCCUACGUCCAAUUGCAAGAGCUUUGAAGGAUUAA